AUGAAGGUUAAAGGCGAUGCACACGGGGAGCGGCGACCGACGUCGAUGACAGUGUUUGAAGAGCUUAUGCAGUACUACGACGACAAGAUUUCGUCAUUAAAGCGUGCGCGGGAAGCGCUGGAGGAAGCCAAGCCAGUGAUGGUGCCGGAGAAGGGAGAGGGGGCGCGGUCUCGGGCGCUGCUUGCAAUGGAACUAGUGACGGAGCUGGUGGACGACAUGAUGAUGGAUGUAGUGUUUGAGGCGCAUUUCGAGGCGAAGCAGCGGCAGGCGGUUUGUGCGUCAUGCCACACACGGUGCCAGAGCAAGUCGGCGCAGCGGGAUGCAAUGGGAUCGCCCAAAGCCAAGAGCAAGGCUGCGGUGCCGUCGGGGGCUGCAGGUGGGGUGUCGCCGGGUCUGGGUAGCGUCGAGAUGUUUGAGUGCCCGAGCUGCAUGCGGUCGUUCCCGGGCGCACGGUUCGCUGCGCAUAUGGACAAGUGCAUGGGGCUGUCGAGCCGGCGGACCACUACGCGCAGGUCAACUGUCAACAGCGCGGCGUCGACGCCCAACUAUCCGGCCGCCACACAGUACGAGUCGUCCAGCGAGCAGAGCAACAUCGACCGCAAGCGCAAGGCGAUGGCGGCCAGAGACGCAGGCCGCAAAAAGACCAGUAAGCGCAAGUAG